AUGGUCAUUUUGGACGCUACUGAUCAUCAAGUGAUUCGAGAAUUUUAUAAUCUGAACCUUAGUAAAAAUCAAAUCACUCGGACAAGACAUAUAUGGCAAGCAACAAAGCAACAAAUGAUGACUGGAAACAAUAUUGCUUUAUUAGAAAAACGUCGUCUUAUACUAACAUCACUUCAAUCGCCAAUUGAUCAUGUUCAUGCAAUUCAAGGAAAAAAACCGAAAUGGCAUGAGUUCCUGUAUGAUAUUAUACACACACGUCGAUUGCAUAUGAUUAAACGUGCAAACUAUAUUAAAGAACGACGAUCAACCAUAACAUUGGAACUCAAUGAAGGCAUACUACCAGUUCAUGAAUAUAGUGAAUAA